CAAAAAUUCAUCUUACUCUUCCUUCUCUUCACAACAACGUUGACACUGCUAAAGAGAAAAUAGAGAAGCUAAUUCUUUCCCAUCUUUUUGCUCCAAGACCAGGUACCAGUCACCCAAGGUCAAGCACCACUUGCCACUGCUUAUCAGACUAUUUCUUUCCAGUUUGCUCGAUAUCGACCUGACCUGAUGGCGGAUGCACUACUCGGUUCCGCAGUACAAGUUCUAGUGGAGAAGGCAAUAAACUUGGGUUCAGAACAAAUUGGCCAGUUUGUUGGGUUCAAGAAUGAUUUGAAGAAACUGCAGAAAACGUUGAUUGGAAUCCAGGUUGUCCUUCGUGAUGCAGAGAAAAAACAGGUGACUGAAGAUUCCGUGAAGCUUUGGCUGGAGGAGCUUGAACGUGUGGCGUUUGAUGUUGAUAAUUUGCUGGAUGACUUCAACUAUGAAAUGAUUCGACGCAAAGUUGAGAUCCGAAACCAAAUGAAGCAGAAGGUAUGCUUCUUCUUCUCAGUCUCCAAUCCCAUUGCAUUUCGUUGCAGAAUGGCCAAAAAAAUUCAGAAAAUCAAUAUGGAUUUGAUAAGUAUCAAUGAACAAGCAACGAAACUUGGCCUCCUCCGGUCACAGAAUGGAGCUAGAGAUGCACCUGCUCUUUCUCCUCCUAGCAGAGGAGCAUUUAUGAAGAAGAGAGAGACUGACUCUGUUACUGUUGAUGCAAGUUUUGUUGGAAGAGAUGGUGAUGUUUCAGCAAUAGUAACACAACUAACUGCCAUGAAUAAUAAUGAAACUAUCUCCGUUCUUCCGAUAGUAGGGAUGGGCGGGAUCGGGAAGACCACCUUAGCUCGAAAAGUUUUCAAUGAUCCAAAUACUGAAAAACAUUUUGACAAGAGAAUAUGGGUGUGUGCUUCGGAGGAUUUCAUUGCCAAUAGGUUGUUUGGAAUGAUUCUACAAUCACUGCAAGGUCGAGAGCCUGAAGCUAAGGAUAGGGAAGCCAGAGUCAAGCAGCUUAAGGAAUUAUUGGAUGGUAAAAAAUACCUACUGGUCUUGGAUGAUGUGUGGAAUAAGGAGUCCAUGCUAUGGAAUGAUUUUCUUGGGUCUCUGAAAGGUACUAGCCAAGCCAUGGGGAGUUGGAUUCUUGUGACCACUCGUGAGCAACAAGUGGUAGACAUCACCAGAAUUUCUUCUCCUCAAGGUUAUUCCUUGAAACAAUUAUCAGAUUAUCAAUGUUGGCGCAUUCUCAAAGAAAAUGCAUUUGGUGCUGGGGAAGUGCCCGAUGGGCUGCAAGAUAUAGGGUUGAAGAUUGUGCAAAGAUGCGGAGGCUUACCAUUGGCUGCAAGUGUUCUCGGUGGCAUGUUGCACAACAAGGGACCAAAUGAAUGGCAAAAAUUAGAGAGUAGGCUUCAAAUUUUAGGUGGAGGUGAAAAUAGUAACGUUAAUGAAAUUUUGAAGUUGAGCUUUGAUCAUCUUCCACAUCCUUCUCUUAAAAAGUGUUUUGCAUAUUGUUCAAUUUUUCCUAAAGAUUUUCAAAUGGAAAGGAAUCAACUAAUCCAACUUUGGGCAGCAGAAGGAUUUCUUCAUUCAAAUCCAACAGACGAUAUGCAUAUGGAGGAAGUUGGUAACAGGUAUUUUACCAUUUUGUUGGAUAGUAACUUAUUUCAAGAGGUAGAGGAGGAUGAUUAUGGGAAUGUUUUGAAUUGCAAAAUGCAUGAUCUUGUACAUGAGAUGGUGCAAUUCAUUUCCAAUUCUAAAACUUUAAGGUUGGCAGAGUCAGGUUUAAAGUUGACAGGGUCUAGCAGCAUUGAUAUGGAGACGUUUUCCAUCCGGUAUCUUGCAUUGGAGAGAAGUCAAGAAGAAAUGCUGUUUCCUUCCACUGAAAGUUUCAAGCGUAUUACGACAUUGUUUUUGCAAGGAAACAGAUCACUUAAUGAUAGGGAGAUGUCAUUUUUUAUGUUGCGAGUUUUGAACUUAAGGGCAUCAAGUGUCCGAGAGCUUCCUAAAUCAAUUGGCAAGCUAACUCAUUUGCGAUAUCUUGAUUCGUCAAAAACUUCAAUCAAAACAUUGCCAGAGUCUCUAUGUCAACUUUACAAUUUGCAGACAUUAAGAGUUAAAUAUUGUCUCUCACUGACAAAGUUUCCAAAGAAUUUCAAGAAUUUGGUGAAUUUGAGGCACUUUGACUUUUUCUCUGAGGAUAAAUCAAGUGAUAUCAUGCCUUUUGAGAUCGGACAGUUGCAAUUUCUCCAAACUUUGCCAUUUUUCAAUAUUGGUGAAGAAAGAGGUCGACAAAUUGGAGAAUUGAGGAAUUUGAAGAAUCUCAAUGGACAGCUUGAGUUACGUAAUCUUGAAUUAGUGAAAAGCAAGGAAGAAGCCCUAUCCGCAAAUCUGAUUGGGAAGCCAAACAUUGAUGAGUUAAUAUUACUAUGGAAUGAAAUAGAUAAUUCAAGAAAUAAUGAUAGUGAAUACAAUCAAGUGUUGGAAGGCUUGCAAGCUCACCAAAAUUUGAAAGGUUUGAUUAUUGAAAGAUUUUUUGGUGAUAAACUUUCAACUUGGAUUGAAAAACUUGGGAAAUUGGUGAAAUUUGAAUUGCAGGAUUGCAAAAAUUGCAAAGAGUUACCAACUCUUGGAAACAUGCCCUUCCUCAGAUCUCUGCACUUGGAAGGACUUGAUAGCCUAACAAGUAUAGGCCCUUCUUUUUAUGGCAAAUCAGGCGUGCAUAGUGGCAGUACCAGUCAAAGACCCCUAAACUUGUUUCCAGCACUUGAAGAUCUCAUUCUAGAGAAUAUGCAAAAUUUGAGGGAAUGGACGGAAGCAACUGUUCAUGAUGGAAUAGUGGUGGUGUUUCCGGUCCUUGGUGUGAUGAGGAUUAUUAAUUGCCCUCAGUUAGCCACUUUUCCAAAUUAUUUUCCACGUCUCAAGGAAUUGAACGUCGAGAAAACCCAAAAUGGAUCAGCAUUAAUGACAUAUAUUUGUAGUGGAGUCAGCACUCUCACUAGUCUUUUCAUUUGGAAUGUGAAUGGGCUCACUAAGUUACCAAAUGUGUUAUUCCAAAACAAUCCCAAGCUUGCACAUCUCCAAUUAAGAGAUUGUGCUGAUUUGACCAAAUUCUUAGAUUUUUCAUUUGAUGUUCCUCAAACUUUAGAAGGACCAAAUUACCAAUCAGUAGCUGAGCACACUUGUAUUGACAAUAAAGCUCCUCAACAUUUGGUUGGCCUUGAGUCCCUAGAGGAAUUAAUUGUUUGGAAUUGCCCCUUGCUCGAAUCAAUUUCAAUCCCCAAGGGACGUAAAUACCUCACUGCCUUGCGACGAGUAUGGAUUCGGUCCUGCAAUGGGUUGACUCACCUGUCCAUCCCCCAAAUAUCUGAGUCAGAGUGGGAUUCCACUUCUUCACCCUUCUCCUCCUCCGGUACUUGUCCUCCUCCUCUUCCUCUUGAGCAAUUGGUAGUAUGCGGAUGCACCAAUCUUAUCUCCUUCCCAAUUGAUUUAGCCCGAACACCUUCUCUCUCUUACGUGGACAUAUCAGAAUGUAAGAAAUUAACUGACUUGCCCAAGGGGAAGCUUUGUUCUCUUACAAGAUUAGAUGCUUUAGAAAUCGGACCAUUCUCAGAAACCACCACAGAGCUGCAUUCCUUCCAAGACCUCUUUGAUGCUCUCCCACCACCGCACUCCUACUUCCCCUCCCUUUCACGUUUAUUUCUGCAUGGAUGGCCUCAUUGGGAAUUUCUGCCCGAGCAACUUCAGUACCUCUCUGCCCUAACAUAUCUUCAACUAGAUGGUUUCGGAGUAAAAUCAUUGCCCGAUUGGUUUGGGAAGCUUUCCUCACUUCUAAUACUUCAGCUCUGGGGAUGUCAAAAGCUAGAGAAUUUACCCUCUCACCAAUCUAUGAGAAGCCUCACCAGACUUGAACAUCUGUUCAUUGACUGCUGUCCCGUCCUAAAGGAAAGAUGCAAUCCAGAGAGCAGCAGCAGUAGCACUGACCCCAAUUCUGAGUGGUCAAAGAUCUCUCACAUUCCCGAGAUUGUUAUUGAUUAGGAGCAGAUCAGAGGCUAAAGUCCAUUUGAAGCUCACAAAUCAUAUAUAUUGGAACCAAAGUCCGCAGCUAUAAUGGUUUCUUGUUACAUGGUCACCACAUAAGUACCUGCCCAUUCUUGGCGCUUGCAAAAAUAAUGGUCUGUUUGCUAUGCGAGGGCUUUCUAGCUUCAAAUAGAUCCAUUAGGGCACUCCCAAAAGAAACCCUUUCUCCUCCUUUGUAUGGAGACAAUUUAGGCAAUACCAAGUUUAGUUUUAGAGUCUACAAUGAACCAUUUUAAAAACACAUGGAAUAGUAUAGAGGGAUGAGGGUGUAAUAGGUUUUAUUUAGGCUUCGAGCUCUCCAACAAGCUGCAACAAAGAUUAUUCGAUUGGCUAGGGGAUUCUCAUGUAUGAGGGAAUGCUAUGUGUAUGAGCAUAAACUUUUGUCUCAAUUUGAUGGGGCAAAUGCUCUAAUUCAAGGCUAUCACAAAGUUGAUGGAAAGAUGCCAUGGUUAAUACGCUCCCUUGGCUCAUCUCAUAAAGCUCCCUGGACUAUAUUUUCAUGAGAUAUUGAUAAUUGCGAUUCUUUGAAAUGAAUCAGGUAAAUGGACUAUGGAGAAGGUCAAAAUUUUUAUGUAUGGUAGGGUUCAAUGCUGGCCUAUAAAUGGAAAUCUUGAUUCAUAUCUUUCAACCAGGACGUGUUCUGAGAGGAAGGAUCAACCUUGUUGACAGUACAGCCCACUGGUGAAAGAAAGUGUCCAUGCCUUGUAAGGGAACCUGUCAUUAAAAAUGCUUGAAAAGGCUUGGCACCUUUUGAGGAACCUUUGCUAUAUUAUCUAGAAAAUACAAUGAGGAUAUGCCUUUCAAGAUUUACGUCUUGGCCUAGUUCAAGUCAUCCUCUGCAGUUGCACUAGAAAAAGUAAGCAGACAACUUUUUUAGUUGGAGCGAUCUACCCGGGCUCUCCCAGAAGAAGACUCUAGCACUUUAAUUGUGCACAGAGAAGGUGGUCAUAGGCAAUUCUAAGUCUAAUUUGAGAGUCUACGGUCAAAAUGGUGAAUCCAUGGAAGUAUACACGAGGCUGAGAGAGAGAGAGAUUUUAUUGAGGCCUAGAGCUCUAUAAGAAUCGGCAUGAUAGGUGAUUCUCGCUGGCUAGAGAGAUUCUCGUAGACGAGGUAAGGAGCAGAGCUAUUGGUUGUAUUUUAAGUCACGCCUUGUAGAAGCAGAACUUGUCUCCAUUCAGUGACAAAUGGUGAGUUGAGAAAUGCUGCUAAUGAGGUCUGUCAGCCAUUUUAAGGAAACACAGCCUGGUCUCCUCAAGAACUAUUGAAGGAUUCUAAGUUGGCACAUCUGAAAUGCUUGAGUAGUAACCCUCCUACCAAUCGAUCAAAAGCCUCCAAACAGGAUGCAUGUCUUCUGAUCUAAAGGGAAGGUGCUGUAGCAAGAGCAGCUGCCUCAACAUUGAAUGGUCAAGACAAAUGUCCUCAGAUUGAAGAAUUUAGAUAACUAAAGAACCUUUCUGGAAGGCUGAUUUUCUACAAUCUUGAGCGAGUCAACGACAGAGAAGUUGCUCAGUGGGCAGAUAUGUUUAGAGAUCCAAAUUUGUAUUAGUUGGAAUUCGGAUGGUAGAGGUUAAGAAUGACAAGAAUGUGUUAAAAGGUAUCCAGCCUUGACCAAAUUAAAAUACUUAACAGGUGAAAUGAAGUGUUUCCCUCCCUUUGACCACUUCUUCCAGUCAUUUCCCGUGUCCUGGCCCAGGAUUUGCCAUAUUCCUCAUUUUUGUGUAGAUGUAGAAGAAUCCAAGCCAAACAUUUUGCUAGUUUCAUCAUCAAGCCUAACAUUUCUGAUGAUAUUCCAUAUGUCCACUUAAUACAUAUCAUCUAUUUAUCAGAUCAUCCUCAACUUCACUUUUAACUUGUUCUUCAUGUCAUACAGAUCUGCGCUAUAUAGUCUGCCUGAGUAUAUUUUAUAGAUUUGGAAAAUCAGAUUGAAAUUGGAUCAUUUUUGGAUUUGAUUAGGGGCUGCUUACUAGAAUUAUUUUGACACUUGUUGCAGUGCCCUGUCCAGAAUAAUUUAUUUGCAAAAUGGCGUAAUGAA